AUGGAUUCUUUUAAAACGUUUAUGGACAUUUUUACUCGAUCCGUAAGGGAAAUAUCAGAUCAAAAUAACAAAGAUCAAAAGAGUAGCAGUAAUCUAAUACAAAUUCUAAGGGAUAGUAGAAAGUAUUUUCAAAAUAUAUUGAAAGAUGAUAGCGAGUUGGUGUUAUCUAUAUUAUUUGAUAAAGAAGAAGGGUUGCUCUGUUUUCUUAACAAUGCACUUAAAAAGUCCACAAAGCCUCAGAGAGACUUUGACACAGCAAUUAAGGAAGCAUAUCAUCUUCUUGAAUUUGUUAUAGAACAAUUUUCUGAAAUAUUUGUACCAUACGUCAUUGACACAAAAAAUAUAUGCCAACAGGCACUUGAAACAAAAUGCUCUUUAUUUAUUCAAAGAGCUGCCAGUAAUGCUUUCAAUAAAUUAAUUGACUUGCUCAAAGAAUAUGAAAUGGAAUUAGGUGAAACUAUAAAAAGAUUUGUAUCUUUGUUUCCUAUAGUAGACAUAAAAGAAAGGAGUGUACUAUUCCUUGUAAUUGGUGAAAUUACAAAGCAUAAUCCAGAAAUUCCAGAGGUAAAGGAGUAUUCAACUAUGAUUUUCCAGCAGUUACGAAAUGACAUCAUAAAACAGUAUAAUCCACAAACUGUAUCUCAAUCAGCUGAUAUAUUUCAAGUAUAUUUGGAUGUUCUUUCAAAUUUGUUGGGAGAGCUGUCAUGCGAUUUAAAACAAAAGUAUUGCAAGGAAUUAUAUGGUUGGGUGAAAGAUCUAAGUCGACCAGAAAGAUAUCAAGUUAAAAAAGUUUCAAUGAGAUCAGCUGUAAAUUUAUUGUCCCGUCAUAUCUACCUGUUUUGUGAAUUCGUUUAUUGCGAUUAUAAACAUUGGUACAAUUUAUUAGUAAAUCUUGCCCAAGACAAAAAUCUGCAAUGUAGUGAAUGUGGACAACAUGCUUUGAAAAGUUUUUAUCGAAUGAUUGGAAACACAUUAAAGUACAAAACUUCUGAAGAAGACAAAGCAGUGUUUUUGUAUUUUAAAAAUCUUUUGGAGGAACAAUUAAAGAGUAAUCAGCAGGCCAACACAAAUAUAUUACGGUUUAUUAUAUAUGGCUUUAGUCAAAUGGCUGCCCCAUGUAAAAGGUACCUCACAGAUAAUAAUGUGAGGGAGAUGUUCUCAUUGAUUGCCCAUUGUGCUGUACCACUCUAUUCCAGGGAAGAUUUAGGACGAUUAAUGUUGGAAAGUACUUGCGAUUAUCAAGAAGCCCUGUCUGAAAUAAUAUUGCAUACAUCAGACUUAUCGAUUGAUCAGAUUAAUAUAAUUUUAAAGCUCAGUAUUAUUUUAAUUAAAAGAUUUCCCGAUCUUCCUGUCACUAGUCGAAGUUCUGCAAUUUCUUCACUGAUACAUACAAUAAUUAAUGUUGGGAUAGUCAGUAAAACAUUGUUGGAAGAAUUUCUUUAUAAUUUAAUUCAGGAUGGAAUAAUAUGGUCUUGUUCGCAUACUUUGUUCAUCGAUGCGGAAUUACAACGUGGAUUACAAAAUCUUGGAGAACGCCCAGUAUGCUACAAGAACUAUUUACCAUUGUGGUUACAACUUUUAAAACUAGAGAGAUACAAACAACAUCAACAAAUUCUGCAAGUAGUAGUGGAUUCAAUGAUACAUGUGUCCAUUGUUCUGAUUAGCAAAUUGAAUCUGAACACAAAAACAAAAGAAGAUAACAUAUUCUCAGAUGUGGCUUUUUCUCAAAUUGGUGAGAAUAAUGAAGAUUUCCGAAUGUUUGUCAAUAUUGUAGAUUUGUAUGUUGAUAUAAUCAGCGAAUUAGAGUCCUCUUUAUUGAUAAAUACUUUACACAAAUUCUUGUUAAAAAUUAUCGGCAUGUCUUACAAACGUCCUCUAAUAUCAGGAUUUUAUAAGUUAGUGUAUGCAACUUUUAAACACAUUUCUAAUUUACUUAACGAUGAAAUUGAAACAGAAACACUGGAACUACUAUACAAAUAUCUAAUGAAUAUAUUGAAUUUGAUUUCUACAUUCUCUGGUGAAUUAUUAACUACGUGUUUAUCAUUAAUUCUUAAUGUACCAGAGAUAUACAUAAAACGCAUACUAAACAGUACAAUUCCAACAUUUAAGAUCGCUUUAACUGUAGGUUUAAGCGAUUUUGAAAUAGCUUAUACUGCUUUGAACACUUUAGAAAAAUGGACAAGCCACUUAAACAAUCGACAGACAGAUAAAUUUUUACGGGAAAUCGUACCACUUUUAGAACCAUAUUUACACAGUGGAGAAAGCUGCGUAGAAUUUUUACAAGACAUCAUAAAAACAGAGCGAAAGGUUAUUAAGCGUGUUAUACUCAGAGAUGAUGAGAAUACUUUAGAAAGAUUUCAGAUGAGAAUUCUGUUAUUUAUUGCCUCACUCGAUACUGACAUAAUAAUGAAUUUUGUGUACAAGAGAUCAAUGGACACAGGAGCUACUUGGGAUAAGAAAGAUUUACUCAAGUACUCAUUGAUGUUGUCAGAUACAGAAGUGGAUGUAUACUUCGAUAAAAUUUUACCAAGAUUGACUCAAUUAGCUCAAAACUCUGGGGAUAGGCGAACAAAAAUAAUUGCCUGUGAAGUACUUCAUUCUGUGAUAGUGUUCAUUGUAGGUAAAACAUCAACAUCAAAUAUGAAUAGAUUUGCUCCUGUGUAUAAGAUUAUAUGUCCAGCUUUACUCAGUUUAGGCUGUGAUCUUGAUGAAGCAGCAAGCAAAAUAUUUCACCCAUUGACACUGCAGUUGAUACAUUGGUUGAGUUCACAAUUUAUGCUCAAUUCUCUAGCAACUACAUACUUUGUAGAUUCGCUGUUUGAAAGUUUAAAUAAUGAUUCAAAUUCUUCGCUUAGAGAAUUUUCUGGAAUGUGCUUAGCCGAAUUCACCAAGUGGUCCAUAAAGCAGUCUGAUAAUAAGAAAAAAAUUCAAUUGAAUAUCGAUGGAGUGAUAUAUAAAAUUACGAAUUUCGCACUUCAUCCCUCUGUGUCCAAGCGAGUAGCAGCUAUAACAGCUUUUAAUCAUCUUUAUAUUGUCUUACGAGAAGACGAAGAAAUUGUCUCUGAAUACUGGUUGGAACUUUUGUAUUGCUUUGUGAAGAGUUUAGAUGGUUGCAAUGAUCCCUCAAUUAAGACUGCACUCGAGCACGUUGAGAGAGUUCUAAUUGCAAAAAUGAAUUUACUGAACGCGGAAGACGAUAAGCGUAGAAAACCAUAUGACUUUGAAGGUUCCACUUUGACAGAUGCUGUGUAUUGGUUGUUGACACAAUGUGGUGGUAUAGACCAAUAUUAUCGAGCAAAAUGUAUGGAACUAGUUGUCAAACUUUCUAAACACAUAACAAAUUGUGACUCGGCUAAGGCAAUGAUAAAUAAUUACAUUAAUACUCAUGGUAUUGAAACAUUUAAUGCGAUAAUAUUGAAAGGCUUAAAAUCAAAGAUAGAUAGUCUUUCAUUUAAAGCUAUUGCGCCUCUUUUAAGGAGUUUGGACUGUUACAUUUGGCUGAUACGAAAUGACCUACUGACUGUACAGUACUUAUUUGCAAAUUCAAAUUCUGAAAGAGAAGUAAUUUUCAACUGUGCAAGGAAUUUUAUUCAUGUAGUGAAUCAAAUUAAAAUAGAAACAAAAGACGACGAUUCAGUAAUGCUAUCAAAAGAGCUUGAAGAACUUCAAAUAUUGCACUGUAAAUUAAUAAUGACUUUAUUCGAUUUCUUACAAGUUCUUCUGAAUUUUGAUGAAAAUUAUAUACCAGAUUUCUUUUUAAAUAAAGAUCUGUUUGAAUUAAUUGCAAAAUGUAUAAUGUGUCCCGAAGUGAUAGGUUUUGACACAAAAAAUUUUGAAAUUUCUGAAGCACUCCCACUAGUUAUGGAAAAUUUGCUGAAGUCAAUAAUACGGAAGAACGAUGACACUUUACUGAGUCGCGUGAAACAUGAAUUAUCUGUGCAUGUGGAGAAGCAUACGAAUAAUUUUAUUGACAUGGAUAACAUUGUUUUUGGCAAAGAGAGUUGCAAUGAACUUAAGCAAUACGUUCGAGGUUUAAGUUUUCUGGAACAACAUGAUAUUUUUAAUCGAUUGUAUAAUGGAACACAAUUAAUUGAUCAUCCAGAGGAUAAAAUUGGAUGUAUCUUCAAAGUUUUGGCACAGAAACGAAUGGAUGUAUUCGUUUGUGUAAAUAUCAAAGCACCAGUGAAAGAUUACUUACGAAUUCUGAUAGAAUUGCUACUUAUACAUUACGAGCCUACAAUAACAAGAACAUUGAUUACAUUAAUUACAACUAAUACGAUACUUGGAUCAGAUCUUAAUAAAAUUGAACAUGGUAUAUACUUUUUGAAUAUGUUCAAAAAUGAAAUAUUUCGAUACAUGUUGAAGGACAUAGAAAAGACUAUAGAAGUAUUUGAUGAUCUGUUGCAAGCGAAUCCACCUUUUUUGUUAACAAUAACUGAGCAAGUGUUCGUGUUUGUCCAACGACAUAAGAAUGAGUUACAUGAAUGUAAGCAAAAGUUGAUAAGCAUUUAUGGAAUCGCUGUGCAUCUGAAGGACAAGCCAACCGAAGUACUGUCCUUGAGCAAAGAUUUCUAUACAUGGAUUCUCAAUCAAUUAACAGAGAGCUCCGAUAUAGAGUAUAAAAUUAAGAUCCUUCAGAAUUUUCUCGUUUGUCUGACCGACAUGACGUGUAAUACAAGACCAGAAUUGCUCGUCAUCUUACAUACUCUGCGAAGUCACAGACUUGAUAUGUGCCCAAAUGAUUUCGCACAAAGAAACGUGAAAGCUUUGAAAAUCAUUAACUGCUUUCAAACGUUAUUAAAGUUGCUAGCAGUAACUAAGUCAGUGGUAUUAUUUAAAACUAUCAUUUUAUUCACGGCCGGUAUCGCCGAACAACUUUGUAACGAAACAACAGACGAGUAUCUGCGAAAAUAUUUCAAUUCCAUUACCACUGAAUACGCUUUGGAGUCCAUUGAAACAGCAUACAAGUUGUUUAUGAACUCGAACACAUCUAUCGACGAAAGAUUCGAUAUUCUACGUAAAUUUCUUUUACCGCUAUUUCAUUUAUCCAAAAUUCACGAAAUAUGCAAAUUUUUUGAAAGGAAUAUCAAAGAAAUAUAUACUAUCGUUCAGCAAGUACUUAUUGGAAGCAGUUCGGAUAUGAAGCAGCUCAUAGUAUCAAAAAUAGGAUGUUACGAUCUUGUUGCAGUCAUGUUUGGAAAGAUACCCCUAAAAGAAAUAGAUAAUCCCGAGAGUGUUAUUACGCGAAAUGCCAUCGACAAUGUGGUAACUGGGAAAGAACUAUUACGAAAUUUGUACAGAAGUGCGCUAAAUGUGCGAAUGUUAAAAACACCUGAUCCGGAACACAAGGAGAUAAUUAGAUUGUUGCACUGCUCUGCGUACAAUUGUUCCAUAGCAAUUGUGUCUUUAAAGACAGAUGAAGAUUCUUACUUAAGCAUUUUCCUUGAGAACAGAAAGAAGAAACAAUUGAUUUGGGAGAACAUUGUGGAUUGUCGAAAGCAGUACAAUCUUCAGCAGACAUUUAAGGAGUAUCCGAAGUAUCGUAAAAAGCUGACCACUAUUAGGAAAAGCAUGAGGUCACGGCAGUCUUCUGCACGGUAUUCAUACAUUUACAGUUAUAAUGUGGGUACCUGUACUUUGAACGAAGAUAUAAAUGCUUACGACUUCAACGAAGCUACUGUACGUAAUAAUAGUAAUAACGCGGACACUGCAGAGGAAAGUAUGAGUUUACUGUUUGAAAGCGAUGAAUUGAACAAUCACGAAUGUAUGGGCUACAUUUGUGGUGUACUGAAUCAUAUGAUAUCGGAAGAGAUAUCUACACUACCAGAUGACAGUAAUAUCGUAAUGCCCGAAUGGUUGAAAUACUUUUGCAAAUCUAUGACAUCAACCAGUUAUGACAACGUUAGAUUGUUCAUGCUGAAAAUUAUUUUAAACACGCAAACCGUGUUCAAGCCGUACGCGAAAUUUUUUCUUCAACCAAUAAUACACACCACCUAUUCAUAUUUAAGACAGAAUCAAUUAAACUAUGUCAUUGCUGAUGUUAUAGAGAUGCUGAUAGAUUGGCGGACUGUAGCCGUACCUGAUGAAAAUCAUGGUAAAACCAUGGCACAGAAGCUAUGGGAAAUAAUCAUUGAAAAAGCUAUGGUAAAAAAGACGAGUGAGAUUUCGAAAGCUGUUUAUAAAUAUAACAUGAUUAUGAUAAAAACAAUCCUUGAAACAUGGAAUGCUUGUUUGCAAUUACCUCAGAAUUUAACUAAUAAGAUGAAGACUCUGCCUGGAGCUGCAGUAUAUUUGAUACUAAUUUGCAUGGUGAAUGGAAUGGAAAAACAUGUUGUUGAAAAGGAUGAUAUCUUCGAGUUUUUGAAAAAAUCUUUGGAGGAUUGGAAAGACGACGAGGAGACAAUUUUGCAGUGCUGCGAAUGUUUCGGUUUAAUACUUAAGCAUUUGGAUGAAAGUAAUAGUCAAUCAAAUAAGAAGGGGGCCAUAAUUGACAAAAUUCAAAGUAUAUUUAGGCAAAUGCAAACGACAUUUGUGUCCAGACAGAUCAAAUGUAUUCGUGCAUUAUGCAAAAGUUAUCAAAAUGCUGGUAUGAUUUAUUUCGAAUUUGUUACCGCUAAUAUAUUCAGAGUGGACAGAAUGGGACAGUCGCAUUGUUUAGAAAUAUUUUUACAGUGUAUACCAAAGCUAGGCGUAGAUUUAAUAUUAAAGGAACUAGCUCAUAUGAAGUUUCGUGAUCUAUUGAGGAACAAAGUUUCACUUUGUGAAAAGAUAGCAUUGCAGAUCAUUGAUUCUUUAGUUCCUAUUCUUCCUCCAUCAAAUUUCUUACCUCUAUUAAAUUUAGUGCCUCUUUACACAAAACACGAUUCUUCUGAAUACAGAGAAUGUGCCUAUGACAUAUUUAUGAAUGUUUAUAAGAGGUAUAGUAUUGAUACCUCUGAUGAUGAAAAUGUAAGAGAAUUGGUGUACAACAGCAGGGAAAUGUUGCUUAGUGGCAUACUAGAAAAUUUAAAUACAUAUACAGCUAAUGUUGGCAACAAUUUUCUGCCAUUUUUGCUUCUGAUGAUUCUGGACCUUACUAAGAAGUCAACAAAAUAUAUGCAGAAAAUGUUCGACGGACCGUUGUACGAUUGUCGUUACAGAGAUUACAAUAUAACACCUUCAUGGAGAAUAAAAAAUUUCGGAUCAAAAGCUCCACUUUUUGUUCCAUCUCUGGCUACACAAAUGAAUCAAACGUUCAUUCAAAUGAGUGCUACAUUGGCCAAUACUAAUUUUGAUUCUACGAAUGCAAGAACGUCUGCAGGAUUCAAUGCUGAGUUAAAUCUUCAAGCUACUCAGGAACUUGAAUUCGAACCGACUUACGUCAGUGAAAAAACAGUAUUAAUGUCAAGUGACUAUGACCAUGAUAACAUAUUUAAAGUGCCAAUAGUGCCACAACCUGCUCAUAAUAAGAGGUCAAAACGGUUUUUAAAUAGUUCGACUGAAAUUUCAACAGUUAUACGUCAGAAGGAAAUUAAGAACAAUAUACAGCGCGAUGAAAUGAUAAAAGAAGAAGCUGCACGUCAAAGAAGCAGCGUAAAAUUGUACAGAAAAUAUAGAAUAGGUGAUUUUCCAGAUGUUGAAAUAUCUCACUCUGCAUUGAUCGAACCACUGCAACAGUUAGUAAAAAAAGACCUACAGAUUUGUAAAGAUUUAACAGUUUGUAUUAUUUGCUCUUUAGUAAAAGAACAUGGAGGAGACGAGUUUGUAAAAAAAGUUGCAAGUAGUUUAAAACUUAUUACACAGACAGAACAAGGAAGUAGUUCUAUAAUAGCUGCAAUUUUAGAAAUACUGUUGACCACUCGUGUGGUAAAUUGCUCGCCAGAGAUCAUUGCAAAGGUUUCAAGAUUAAAUAAUUUGCAUUUCCUUGGAUCACUUGUUAUUGAAGAAAAUUUAAUACAUGGUAUAAACGAUUUUCAACCGUCUAAAAAGAAAGCAAGAUACAACGCUGUACAAGAGUCUAAUGAAUGGUUGCAGUUAACAAACCUAUAUGAGUCUAUGAAUGAUGUUGACGUAGUUCUCAGCAUCUUUCAGAAUCAUAUAACAAAUGAGGAUAUGCGUGAAGCAUCAUUUGCUCAAGCAGGUAACAAUUGGAUUGUCGCAAAACAAGCCUAUGAGAAAGCCUACGAAUCAGGCUCAGAACUGGUCAAAGAGCACUGCCUUCAGGGCUUGUUCGAAUCUUUAAGCAACUUAUGUCGCUGGGAUGAAAUUGACAAACGUAUUCAAAACAAACUGAAUGGAAAUAUAGACAAUAUUUGGAACGAACCAUGGAAAGACUGGAUGUUCCCAUGGUUAUUUGAGGUUCACGUACGUAAAUUGACAGACGAAGACAUCAAUGACACGUUUUCUGAGGCUGUAAAGAUCAUGGAAGAUUGGUUGAAAGAUGAUGUGAAAGUGAAGCAUAUUAAACGAUUCUUUGGGAAUGAAUUGUCAAUGUUCUUCCUGUAUAAUGAACUAGAAGUAGCUCAUGAUUUUAUACUGAACACAUUGGAUGAAACGAGGGAACAGUGGAUCAGACUUCAUCCACUGUCUACACAAUUAAGAAUACGUAACUUACGAAAGUUGCGAAUAACGAGUAAUAUAAAUUGGUUCAUAAAAGUUUUAAAAACAGUCAAAAAUCCACAUGGCUUACAAGAAAUUUUGAAGUUUUGGAACAACAGUCUACCCUCUGUGCAAGAUGCCAUACUUCCAUCGGACAAAUUAACAUCUUGCAGAAUAUACUUCAUCCAGUCCCCGUUAAAUGACAGAUUGGAACUCAUGAAUGAAACUCAACACGAUUCAGAAAGCGUACCAGAUAGAGAAGGAUCUGGGAUCACUAAUCAGCUGCACACAGUAGCCUUUAACAUGCGAUUAAAAAUGAUCGAUGCAGCAUUGAAUCAGAAAAAUAAAUACAUAGCAAAGAAAUACCUGCAUCAACUGGAACGUGAAGUGCCGAAUUACUCUGAAGAUAUGAAACAUCAAUUUUUUUUAACUGGUGCAAAAAUAAAGUAUUUAAACGGAGAGAUUGAAACGAAUAUGAAGAAGAAGCUAUCUAAUUAUGCUUCUUCUUGGAAACACUGUCAUAAUUUGUUACAGGAAAAUUACCUCGACUCAAUGACAAACGUGGGUGUUCGACAACAAGUUAGCAAAAUAGCUUCAAAAGUUGCACAGUUAACUCAGAAAGAUGAAACAUUUUUCAACUUACUGAUGAGGAACACUAUGAUUUUAAAUGCAAUUAAUUCCGAGAGUGACGAUCCAUCUGUCAUUAAAGAGUCAUUGGAAACUUACAGUCUGAAUCAAUUAAAAAUGUGUUGUGAUACAACAACUGCAAGCAUACAAGAAUGUUACUUCACCCUAUCAAAGUACUGUUACGACAGAUUAUUGGACGGUACCAGUAGUAUUAGUAUAAGUAAGGAAUUCGUACAUUCUACGUUAAAAGCGAUGAGUUAUGGAUCCCUCGAUGCAGCACACUAUUUUCCUUGUUUGUUAAAACCUGAAUAUUUUGAAGACGAAGAGACAAAGGAUAUCUUUUUGAAGGAGAGUGAAGGGGUGGAAACUUGGUUGUUCCUAUCUUGGCAAGCUCAACUAUUCUCACAUUUAGGAACAUCCAUUGCUCCGUUAAUUAUACCAAUCCUCAAACGGAUCGUCGAAAUUUAUCCAAACGCUGUAAUCUACACGUUUCGUUUGACAGUGGAAACUAAUCCUGCCCUUCUGAAUAAAACUAGAACGUAUGAAAUUCGACAAAUUCUGUACAACAGACCUGAAAACGAGCAGUUUCUACUGGCAAUACAGUAUGUGGCUCAACCAGAAUUAUAUUUGCACUAUUAUUUAUUAGAAUUCUUACAAAAUUUAUCACUUGGACCAGCUACGGCUGUAGACAUCCUUCUGAAGAAAGUAUAUACAGAUACACUGGAGAACGAGUGUGAUCCAAAACCGGGGAAAAUCUUUAAUGAGAUUCAAUGCUAUAGAGCUAAAAUAAAGGAAUGGGAACGUAAAAAGCCAGAUGAAAUUAAACAACAUGUGGAUCAAAUCAUUAAGGAACUUACAAAGUUGCUUGAAACGCGUAGAGAUAGGUUACAUUUACAGGACUAUAGCCCGUGGUUGUAUAAAUAUUCUGAAAAAGACAUAGAGAUACCUGGACAGUAUACUGGCAACAGAAAACCUAUGCCACAAUAUCACGCCAAAAUAAUGAAGAUAGAACCUACUGUGAAGGUGAUGCAGUCACUGCGCAAACCGAUUCAAAUUAUCAUGGUUGGUAAUGAUGCAAAGGAGUACCCUUUCCUCGUAAAAUUUGGCGAAGAUUUAAGACAAGAUCAAAGGUUGCAACAGUUAUGCACCAUUAUGAACAAAACGUUGCACACUGACGCUGCUUGCAGACAACGACAGUUGUCUAUUGAUACAUAUCAGGUGAUUCCUUUAUCCAAAACAGUAGGCCUAAUACAAUGGAUAGACGACACAAGGUCUUUAGAGGACUUAAUACACUUUACACUAUCCGAGGAACAAAUAAAAAAAUAUAAAUUAAUAUGUAAAGACUAUGAUAAAUGGAUUCGAAGUGCUGCACCUUCUAAGAACCAAAUUCAAAGAUAUAAAGAGGCGACAGUGAAAUACAGCGCCUCAAAAGUGAGCGCCAAGAUGAAUGAAUUUAUAAGUAAAACGGAAUGGGACAGUUUACGCAAAACGUUCACGGUACUAUGCCCCUCUGUAGAAAGUUUCCUUACAAUGCGUCGAAAUUUUAUCACCACGUAUGCCACUAUGUGCAUUGCACAUUGGAUUUUGGGUAUUGGUGAUCGACAUUUUAGGAAUAUUCUCAUUACUAUUGGGUCAGGACAUUGUUUAGGUAUCGAUUUUGGUUUAGCCUUUGACGCUGGUGUCGAUCUAAGAAUUCCUGAAUUAGUACCGUUUCGUUUAACGCACCAAAUUCUUGGCUUGCUGAAACCUUUCACUGAAAAGGAUCUUUUGGGAGCGAUAAUGAUUCACACAUUACGAGCGUUGAGGAAUGAGUCGGGCCCUAUUUUAUCUUGCAUGGAUGUCUUUGUUCAUGAACCUUUAAAUUGGACCGACAACGUUAACAAAGCGCUACGCGAAGAUGAAGACGAUAUUGCGGACGUGAAAUGGAUCCCUAUGAAAAAGAUUAAGGCAGUCACGAAGAAAUUAAACGGAAUCAAACCAUCCUUGAUUACGUUGGAACAACUGAAAGAACAUCAUGACGAUAAAUAUUUUCAUAGGUAUAAUGUUAUAGUUACUGGGGAUGAUGAGAUUAAACGAACUCGAGCAACGAUGAAGAAUGAUCUUCUAACACCCGAAGAACAGAUUGAAUGCUUGCUGGAUCAAGCAACCGAUUUAAAUAUCCUAGGCCGCUCGUAUGUGGGAUGGCAACCUUGGCUUUAA